AUGCUUGAGGUGGAAUUAUUUGAUGUGUGGGGUAUUGAUUUCAUGGGUCCAUUUCCACCUUCCCUUGGUCAAGAGUAUAUUCUUCUCGCAGUAGAUUAUGUGUCUAAAUGGGUUGAAGCCAUUGCCACACCAACAAAUGAUGCAAAGGUGGUGUUGAAAUUUUUACAGAAAAACAUCUUCACUCGGUUUGGCACACCUAGAGCAAUCGUAAGCAACGGAGGUACACAUUUCUGUAACAAGCUGUUCAAUUCUCUUCUAGCUAAGUAUGAUGUCAAGCACAAGUUGGCAUUGGGUUAUCAUCCACAGUCAAAUGGGCAAGCAGAGAAGGACUGGUCUCUCAAACUAGAUGACGCUCUUUGGGCAUACCAAACAGCAUUUAAAACUCCAAUUGGAAUGUCACCCUACCGUCUGGUAUUCGGGAAAGCUUGUCAUCUAUCGGUAGAAUUGGAGCAUCGAGCUUAUUGGGCUGUGAAGAAAUUGAAUUUAGACAUGAAAUUGGCUGGUCCACAACGCUUGUUGCAGCUUGAUGAAUUGGAGGAAUUUCGGAACGAUGCAUAUGAAAAUGCAAAGAUAUAUAAAGAAUGGACAAAGAUGUGGCAUGAUAAGAGAAUAUUAAGGAGGAAUUUCAAGGCAGGAGAACCAGUUCUUCUAUUCAAUUCUCGCUUGAAACUCUUUCCAGGCAAGCUCAAAUCCCGGUGGUCAGGACCAUUUGUAAUCCGCAAGGUGUUCCCUUAUGGUGCAGUGGAAUUAGAACAUGACGUCGUAGAUCAAUCAACAAAUAUUGACAAGGAGAGGCUGGAUACAUCUCAAAUAGCCUUGUCGGCAAUGAUGUGUAUUAUUGAGAGCAUGAGUUGGUUUAUGAAUUGUGGACGAGUUAUGUGUUCGAGUUAA